AUGACACCCACGGUGCAAGUGAACCUGCAAAGGAAUCCAGAGGAUCCAUGGGAAUGCCUGGUUUCUGCCGAAGUGGCUGCGCAGCUCUGCGCCGAUUCUCCGGGCUUUUGGCUCGUGGCAUGGGGAGUUUCAAGCAGAGGAGAUCCAGGAGUCGCUGAGGCUUCAGGAACCACGCUGGCCGCACUGGCCGCACCUCUGGCUGCACCUGCACGAAGAUCCUCCUCUGCCUCGGGGUUCCAGGUGCUGGUUGGCACCUCGCUGGCCUCGCGACGUGACUUUCAGGUCCAUUCAGAAUACAAGGUCUGCAGAGUCUCGGAGGAUGCGCUGCCCAUCGUGGAAAGCGCAGUCCUUGAGGCUGAUGCCGAUGGCACUCCGCCGUCUUCCGCUUCCACCGCUCGCCUGCACUUGGAGUUGAAUCUUCACCGUGCAGUGCUUUGCAAAGGCCAGUGGCAUCACUUGGAGGAUGCGGGCAUCGCCUGGAAGGCAGUGUCGGUGAAGUUGUUGGGAUGCCUAGAUGAUGUAGAUGUCUCGGAACCCGACGCUUCCUGGAAGCCAGCAGAAUGGCGGAGGUGGCUCGCUUCCCAAGGCAUGGGCAUCGUCACAGAUGCUACCCGCCUUUCGUGGUCCUGCUCAAGAGUCAAGUCUUGGAAGGCCCGGCCAGAGGCAAGCUCGACAGCACUUGCUGGCCGCCUAUGCCAGGUCAUAGAUAGCCCAGCCACGGUCAGCCGGGCACUGGUAGUCGGUCCACACGUUGACAAGGCAUUGUCCUUGCUUGCGGCUGCCGCAGAAGGAAAGUCGAUGCGCCUGACAGUCCUUUCUGCGGCCAGCCUUCUGGAGGUGGGACAAAGCUUUGCCGCGGUUCGGCACUGGCUGCUGACGCAAGCAGAGGCUGGAAGUGUCAUUGUCCUGGUUCGGCCAGGGAAGUGGCUCUUGCAAAGACAGAAUGCCAGUGGGGCCAGUGAUGACUUUGCAGGUGUGUAUUGGGUGAGCGUAUGGGAUACCUUGCGCCUUGCAAAUUCGCUCAUGCAUGCCGGGACCCCGGUGAUCUCAGUCAUGCCAGUGCUCGUCUGUCCCCUGUGCAGCCAGAGCGUUCGCCUGGAAGUGGGUGAAGAUCCAAACCUGACAUGGGAAAGACACACGUUGACCGGGUGCACAAACCCAUCAGGAAGCCAGACCAAAGCCAAGAAGGAAAGAUGCCCUGUUGCUGGUUGCAAGGAAGUUCUUACCACCAGCAACACCGCGCUGCAGAGUGUGCUGCAUGCGGAACUCGGUCCCGUGGACGCAGCCCAGACGGGCAAAGAUAGCUGCUCCAUGUUGCUCCAAUUUCUGACCUCCCUAACAGGAUGCACAUUGGACAAUGCGGUCACAUCUCCCACCUGUGAAGCCUGCGGGGCAAGUCGACCUGCCGCUUUGGCGAGAUUGCUUGACAAGUCCUGCUGGCAGGCAGACGCGUUAAUGCCGUUGAAGGUGCUGAGCUUGACCACCUUGGCAGCCGUAGAUACUUCAGGCCAGGGGCUUGUCUUCUUGUCGCUUCUCGCCGCCACGCCCACGAACGCAUGGCAGCAGGUAUUCAGUGAUGUGAUUCACGUGGAGAAGGAGUUGGCCCAGAUGGCCCCUGCUGACGGCGGCCAAAGAUCGUCCAUGCUGUGGCAAGGCGAGCCAGACACUGUCUCAACUCCGGAGCAACUCGUGUCUGAGUUUCAAUCAUCGCUUUCAGUCUUGCGACCUGGUGCCAUUGUGCCUCCCGAAGUCAAGGACUGGCUUGGGACAGUCAUCAAGGCAAGCAGAGGCACCACAACAGCAGGCUCGACCCCAUGCUGUGUUGCACUCGUGGGUCCCCCGGGCUGUGGUAAGACAUCCAUCCUCCAGUCGUUGAAGCAUCUGACGCUUCAAGUGCUGCCGAUGCACAUACCGCAGCUUAUCCAUGCUGGCAUCGGUGAUACGCAGAUGGCUGUUCGAAGGCUCUUUGAAUCCGCGCAGCUACUGCAGCCUUCCUGUAUCACUUUAGAUGACGCCGACGAGUUGUUCUUACAGGCCUCGCUGGACAGCUCUGGCAAUCAUGGCGUCGCUGAUCUUCUUGUCGAGUUGGUCCACAUGCUGGACACUUGCUGUUCGCCAAGACUCCUCUUCGUCCUUACGUGCUCCAAACAGCAGCUCCCACCUUCCCUGGCGUGCCGUUUGCACUUCAUGAGCUUGAGUGCUGAAGCUGGAUGCGGAGCCUCUGAGUGCCGGCAGCACUGA